GCCCAUAGUGGGUCGGAUCAGGAUCUUUCCAAUCCGUCAGUUAAAUAGGUCAGCCUACCCUAUCCCGUUUAGAGGCGGAUCGGGGUAGGUCAGGAUGGAUUGGAGUGGAUCGGCCUAUCUUGACAGCUCUAUUUUUAACGGACAAAUUCGUUGAGUUUGGUGAUGACUCUAACAGCAAUGUUCUAAAUGAAACAAGAAAUAACUUUUCCCUCCCUUCGCCCUAAACAAGAAAUAACUAACCUAUUCCCCAAGACCGUCCCUCUCUUAAACCGAACACAACUAGGAUUCACCUCAGUGAGAUUCCUCCCGAGCCCUAAGAGUCCAGCUCAGAACAAAAAACCGAGUCCCCCUCGAAAAGGGACUGGGACUCUCCUCAACCGCUAUAAGUCCCCCUCGAAAGGGGACUGGGACUCUCCUCAACCGCUAUAAAUAAAGCAAGCUACCCCUCACAAGAACCAGAAGCUUGGAGCAAACCAAUGGUUGGUAAAAAAUUGAACGUAGAAUUCAUAAAACACCGGAAAAAGCGUUUGGCCACCUACCGGAGGAGGAAAGAAGCCCUCAAGCAGGCGGCCUACGAGCUCUCGACGCUCUGCGGCACCCCCACCGCCGUCAUAUACUUCGGUCCCGAUGGCCAGCCCGAAUCAUGGCCGGAGGACGAAGGAGCCGUCCGCGACAUCAUCGGAAGGCAUCCAGGCCUCGGCGCAAAGAAGCGGAGCACGCGUCCCUUCGACUUACGGGAUCUUCCUCCGUUUGACGACACGUCGGAGGAGUUUUUGAGAGAGAUGCUUUGUUCAAUGGAGUCGGGUAUGGAGGCUGUCAAGGAGAGGAUCCAACUUCUCAAAAAGGAUUCCAGGUGCAACCAAGGCGACUUCCAUGGUGAUACUGGCGGUGUACAACAACAAGGUUGCCAAUGUAAUAAUCCUGCUUUCAUGGAGGAGUGCUUUGAUGUGCCAAUGGUGUCCAAGGCAGCCAUGGAUGAUGGACCAGGCCAAGGCCAUGGUGCUUUCGCGCCGAUGGAGCUAAAACAAGUGGAAGGAGUUGCUGCCGAUGCUUUCUUGCCAUGUUCUUCUAAUGCAUCGAUGGACUUCAAUGAUGAACUGGCGGCGUUCUCCAUGCCGUUAAUUUUCAUGCCACCACCAUUCACCGGAGCUACUUCAGAGCAUGACAUUGCAUGCAUCUGGCAGUGAUCGUCCCUUCCUCCCAAGAGAACCAAUUUGUGAAGGGAGGUGGCGAUGAAGGCAAUGGCAACGAGCGGUGGACUGCCUUUCGCUUCACAAAUUUGUAGACUAGCUAGAUGCAGGUGAUGCAUUGCCAACGUGCAGUGAAGAAGCGCCCUCCCCAAUUUUGUAGAUUAUAUUUAUAUAUACUUGUCAGACGCAAGUGAUAGGCCGAGCGUAGGGCUACGCCCGCCUACACAGUUUUGUAGACUUUAUAUGAGUUGGAUGUAGGUGAUGAGUGAAGGCCAUGCCCGCCUUCACAUUUUUGUAGAUUAUAUACAUACUAGUUGGAUGCAGGUCACACAGAAUGUUGAGGGACCGCCUUCCCAGUUUUGUAGACUACUCAUUAUUUUAUAAACUAUUUAUUAUUUCAUGGUUAG